AUGAAGGCCUUCCAGAUCAAGUACCACGCCCACCCCCGCGAGCACAAAGUCUCGGAGAUUCCCCCGCCGGUUCCCGGGCCGGGACAGGUGCUCGUGGAUGUAUAUGCCGCCGGGCUCAACUUCUUCGACGUGCUGCAGGCGCAGAACCUGUACCAGCACAAACCCCCUCUCCCAUUCACCCUCGGUGUCGAGUUUGCGGGCCGCAUCUCGUCCCACUCCCCCAUCCCUCCUGGCUGCCGCUUCAAACGCGGCGACAGGGUUAUCGGCCGUGGUCUCGGCGCAUAUGCGGAACAAAACGUCGCUUCGCCCUCAAACCUCCUCCCUCUCCCGGACAAUCUGAGCUACGAACAAGGCGCGGCAUUCUAUGUCGCCUACCCGACCAGUUACGAGGCUAUUGUCGGCCGCGGGCGCGCCAAGCCAGGCGAGUGGGUGCUCGUCCACGCCGCCGCUGGCGGGGUGGGUAUAGCCGCCGUCCAGAUUGCCAAGGGCCUCGGAUGCAAAGUCAUCGGAACGGCUAGUACGGACAAGAAACGCAAUGUCGCGCUGGCCGCAGGUUGCGACUACGUGCUCGACUAUACGCAGCCGUGGCAGGACGAGGUGAAACGCAUCUCGGGAGGCGGGGUCGAUAUCGUAUAUGACCCCGUCGGCCUACUUGUCCCUUCGCUCAAGGUUGUCAAGUGGAAUGCGCGUCUUUUGGUCGUUGGAUUUGCCGGCGGGACGAUUGAGAACGUGCCGGCCAACCUGGUACUACUUAAGAAUGUCGAGGUGCUGGGCGUCCGCGGAGGCGAGACGAGUAUUCGUGAUCCAGGCCGCUACGCCAAGACGAUCGAGGCGUGUUUCGAUAUGGUGGCGGGCGGCAAGGUCAGACCAGUCCUGCAUGAGCGGAUCUAUGAGGGACUGGAAGAGCUGGCGCAGGGCUUGGAGGAUUUGGAGAGUCGAAAAGUGUUUGGAAAGGCGGUAGUAAGGAUCCGGAGAGAGGAUGGGUCGAUGGCCAAGUUGUAG